AUGAUCUUCCACCACCGCCACCGCCACCAGGUUCUCCACCGCCUCCAAAUUUAUGGCCCAGUUAUCUGUCAGCCUAUAGUGAGAGAAAAUGAAAAUUGCAGUAAUUGGAGGUGGUGCAGUUGGUUUAACCUCUGCUUUACAAAUGCAACGUACAUUACAUAAUGCAGAAAUAACAAUUUAUGCUUCCAAUUUGGAUAAUAUUGUUAGUAAUGUCGCAGCAGGAAUAUUCCGUGUCGGAUCAUCAUAUUGCGGACCUAACGAAGAGAUAACAAGGAAAUGGAUAGAGGAUUCGUAUUCAUUUUACGAUGAUAUAAGUAAAUUACCCAAUGCAUCUCAAGCAGGAGUAACAAGUAUUUCGGGCUAUAUGUUUGCCAAUUCUUUAAAUAUCAUAAAGAAUCAUUGGAUGGAAAAAUUGGUGCCGAUAUAUAGAAAUGUAACAGAAGAAGAAUUUCAAUUAGUUGGAGGUGAUUGGAAAUUUGGUUGCUUCUUUACAACAUUGCUUACAGAAUGUAAAUUAUAUCUCCCAUGGACUUUACAACAAUUAAAAGCCAACGGAGCUAUUAUAAAGAGACAGCAAAUAGAUUCAUUCAAAGAAUUAAUUAAAGAUUAUGAUAUAAUAAUGAAUUGUACCGGACUUGGGGCUAGAAAUUUAUGCACUGAUAGACGUAUGGUUCCAAUACGUGGACAAGUAAUUAAAGUCGCUGCUCCUUGGUUAAAAACUUUUUUUUAUGGUGAUUUAGAUACUUAUAUAAUUCCUGGAUUUAAUGGAGUAGUUACUUUAGGUGGAACAAGAAAUUUCGAUUCUGAAAAUCUAAAAUUAUGUCCAUAUGAAUCUGCUGCGAUUCGUACUCGGUGCGAGACACUUGUACCAUCUCUCAAAAUGGUUGAAAAUAUAAGAGAAGAAGUAGGUCUAAGACCAUAUAGAGAUGGUGGUGUUAGAGUAGAAGCAGAAUUCAUUUCUGAUGGAUAUGAUAAAACUACGGUAAUACAUAAUUAUGGACAUGGCGGUUACGGCGUUUGUACAGCUCCUGGUACAGCUCAAUAUGCUGUACAAUUAGCUAUAAAUGCUCACAAAUCGUCUAUUGCAAAACUAUAAUUAAUUAUUAAUAUUAUUUUAAAGGUAUUAUUGGCUCUAUCUGAUAGAAUAUACAUUGAUAAAUAUAUUUUAUUAAUUAUCGAAUUUAUACAAGAAAAUUGUUAAUUAUAUUAAUACUGUAUGAUAUCACACCAGCUCGUUUGUUUUUAUAUAAGUUGUUUCCGGUUAAGUAAAAAAUUUUAUGUAGAUUCUGUAUACAUAUAGAUUUAAUAUUAUGACGUAUCUUUCUGUCAUUAGUCUUAUCUUAUUGAUAACAUCUAAUUAGUCCAAAAAAAAAAA